UGUUGUGAAAUAGCUAUUUUGGAACUGUUACAAGCUUUCAAGGAUUUCAAAGGUCUAAAUAUUAUUUCAAAAGUCGAAUAUAUUCUAAUACAGCAAGACAAACAAAAGAAAAUCCAUUAGCUACUCCUUCAAUUGAAGUGAUGAAGCCCAAAUAAUUCAUACGGCAAAAUGGAGAAAAUUAGAAGACUGGCUAUCUAAAAAUCCGCCAUUGGUGAAGUGAUGAAGAACAUUUACUGGCUUAUUCUGAAACUUGCCAAUUUUGCAACUCUUGGCUGCCUAUGGAUUUCUGUGGUGCAGUGUACAGUUUUAAAUAGCUGCCUAAAAUCGUGUGUAACUAAUCUGGGCCGGCAGCUUGACCUUGGCACACCACAUAAUCUGAGUGAACCGUGCAUCCAAGGAUGUCACUUUUGGAACUCUGUAGAUCAGAAAAACUGUGCUUUAAAGUGUAAUGACACUUAUACCACUGUUUGUGAGUGGGAAUCAUGUGAGGUUGGCUGCAGCAGUGCAGAAGGUGCAUAUGAAGAGGAAGUACUGGAAAAUGCAGAUCGUCCAACUGCACCCUUUGCUUCUUCCAUUGGAAGCUACAAUAUGACAUUACGAUGGAAAUCUGCCAACUUCUCUGGAGUAAAAUACAUCAUUCAGUGGAAAUAUGCACAAUUUCUGGGAAGCUGGACUUACACUAAGACUGUGUCCAAGCUGUCCUGUGUGGUUAAAGCCCUGCACCCCUUCACGGAGUACAUUUUCCGAGUGGCGUGGAUCUUCACAGCGCAGCUUCAGCUCUACUCUCCUCCAAGUCCCAGCUACAGGACUCAUCCUCAUGGAGUUCCUGAAACUGCACCUUUGAUUGGGAAUAUUGAGAGCUCAAGUCCCAACACUGUGGAAGUCAGCUGGGAUCCACCUCAAUUCCCAGGUGGACCUAUUUUGGGUUAUAACUUAAGGCUGAUCAGCAAACAUCAAAAAUUAGAUGCAGGGACACAGAGAACGAGUUUCCAGUUUUACUCCACGUUACCAAAUACUAUCUACAGGUUUUCUGUUGCAGCAGUAAAUGAAGUUGGUGAGGGUCCAGAAGCAGAAUCUAGUAUUACCACUUCAUCUUCAGCAGUUCAAGAAGAGGAACAGUGGCUCUUUUUAUCCAGAAAAACUUCUCUAAGAAAGAGAUCUUUAAAACAUUUAGUAGAUGAAGCACAUUGCCUUCAGUUGGAUGCUAUAUAUCAUAAUAUUACAGGAAUAUCAGUUGAUGUCCACCAGCAAAUUGUUUAUUUCUCUGAAGGAACCUUCAUAUGGGUGAAGAAGGCUGCCAACAUGUCUGAUGUGUCUGACCUGAGAAUUUUCUACAGAGGUUCAGGGUUAAUUUCUUCUAUUUCCAUAGACUGGCUUUAUCAAAGAAUGUAUUUCAUCAUGGAUAAACUGGUGUGUGUCUGUGAUUUAAAGAACUGCUCAAACAUCGAGGAAAUUACUCCACCUUCUAUUAGUACACCUCAAAAAAUUGUGGCUGAUUCAUACAAUGGGUAUGUCUUUUACCUUCUGAGAGAUGGCAUAUAUAGAGUAGACCUUCCAGUGCCAUCUACCCAGUGUGCAGAAGCUGUGCGUAUUGUGGAGAGUUGCACGUUAAAGGACUUUGCAAUCAAGCCACAGUCCAAGCGAAUCAUUUACUUCAAUGACACCGCCCAAGUCUUCAUGUCAACAUUUCUAGAUGGCUCUGCUUCCCAUAUCAUCCUACCUCACAUCCCCAUUGCUAAUGUGAAAAGCUUUGCUUGUGAAAACAAUGACUUCCUUGUCACAAAUGGCAAGGUCAUUUUCCAACAGGAUGCCUUGUCUUUUAAUGAGUUCAUCGUGGGAUGUGACCUCAGCCACAUAGAAGAAUUUGGGUUUGGUAACUUGGUCAUCUUUGGCUCGUCCUCCCAGCCACACCCUCUGCCAGGCCGCCCGCAGGAGCUUUCACUGCUGUUUGGCUCUCACCAGGCUCUUGUUCAAUGGAAGACUCCUGCCCUUGCCAUAGGAGCCACUGUUAUCCCGAUCAGUGAUAUUGUUGAACUCUUUGAAUUAGGCCCUUCUGCCUGGCAGAACUGGACCUAUGAGGUGAAAGUAUCCACCCAAGACCCUCCUGAAGUCACUCAUAUUUUCUUGAACGUAAGUGGAACCAUGCUGAAUGUACCUGAACUGCAGAGUGCUACAAAAUACAGGGUUUCCGUGAGAGCAAGUUCUCCAAAGGGGCCAGGCCCCUGGUCAGAGCCUUCAGUGGGUACCACCCUGGUGCCAGCUACUGAGCCACCAUUUAUCAUGGCUGUGAAAGAAGAUGGGCUUUGGAGUAAACCAUUAAAUAGCUUUGGCCCAGGAGAGUUCUUAUCUUCUGAUAUAGGAAAUGUAUCAGACAUGGAUUGGUAUAACAACAGCCUCUACUACAGUGACACGAAAGGUGAUGUUUUUGUGUGGCUGCUGAAUGGGACAGAUAUCUCAGAGAAUUAUCGCCUACCCAGCAUUGCAGGAGCAGGGGCUUUAGCUUUCGAGUGGCUGGGCCACUUUCUCUACUGGGCUGGAAAGACAAAUGUGAUACAAAGGCAGUCUAUGUUGACAGGACACACAGACAUUGUGACCCAUGUGAAGCUGUUGGUGAAUGACAUGGUUGUGGAUUCAGUUGGUGGAUAUCUCUACUGGACCACACUCUAUUCAGUGGAAAGCACCAGACUAAAUGGGGAAAGUUCCCUUAUACUACAGGCACAGCCUUGGUUCUCUGAAAAAAAGGUAACUGCUCUAACUUUAGAUCUCAGUGAUGGGCUCCUGUAUUGGCUGGUUCAAGACAGUCAAUGUAUUCACCUGUACACAGCUGUUCUUCGGGGACAGAGUGCUGAGGAUACCACCAUCACAGAAUUUGCAGCCUGGAGUACUUCUGAAAUUUCCCAGAAUGCACUGAUGUACUAUAGUGGUCGUCUGUUCUGGAUCAACGGCCUAAGGAUUAUCACAACUCAGGAAAUAGGUCAGAGAACCAGUGUCUCUGUUUUGGAACCAGCCAAAUUUAAUCAUUUCACAAUUAUUCAGACAUCCCUUAAGCCUCUGCCAGGGAACUUUUCCUUUACUCCUAAGGUUAUUCCAGAUUCUGUUCAAGAGUCUUCAUUUAGGAUCGAAGGAAAUGCUUCAAGUUUUCAUAUUCGGUGGCAUGGUCCUCCUGCAGUAGACUGGGGUGUAGUUUUCUACAGUGUAGAAUUUAGUGCUCAAUCUAAGUUCCUGACUAGUGAACAACAGUCUUCACCUGUAUUUACUGUGGAAGGACUGGAACCCUAUGCCUCAUUUAAUCUUUCUGUCACUCCUUAUACCUAUUGGGGAAAGGGCCCCAAAACAUCUCUGUCACUUCGAGCACCUGAAACAGUUCCAUCAGCACCAGAGAACUCCAGAAUAUUUGUAUUACCAAGUGGAAAAUGCUGCAACAAGAAUGAAGUUGUGGUGGAAUUUAGGUGGAACAAACCUAGGCAUGAAAAUGGGGUGUUAACAAGAUUUGAAAUUUUCUACAAAAUAUCCAGUCAAAGUAUUACUAACAAAACAUUUGAAGACUGGAUUGCUGCCAAUGUCACUCCCUCAGUGAUGUCUUUUCAACUUGAAGGCAUGACUCCUGGAUGCUUUGUUGCCUUCCAGGUUCAGGCCUUUACAUCUAAAGGGCCAGGACCAUUUUCUGAUAUUUUAAAGUCUACAACAUCAGAAAUCAAAUCAUUUCCUUACCUCAUAACUCUUCUUGAUAACAAGAUCGCUUUUUUAGAUAUGGAUCAAAAUCAAGUUGUGUGGAUGUUUUCAGCAGAAAGAGUUAUCAGUGCUAUGGGCUACACAGCUGAUAAUGAAAUGGGAUAUUAUGCUGAAGGGGACUCACUCUUUCUUCUGAACUUGCAUAAUCGUUCUAGCUCUGAGCUUUUCCGAGAUUCAGUGAUUUCUGAAAUCACAGUUAUUACAAUUGACUGGAUUUCAAGGCACCUCUAUUUUGCACUAAAAGAAUCACAAAAUGGAUUGCAAAUAUUUGAUGUUGAUCUUGAAUACAAGGUGAAAUACCUCAGAAAGGUGAAGAUUUGCAAUAAGAAUUCCACAAUAAUUUCUUUUUCUGUGUAUCCUCUGUUAAGUCGCUUGUAUUGGACAGAAGUUUCCGAUUUUGGCUAUCAGAUGUUCUACUACAGUAUUAUCAAUCACACCUUGCACCGAAUUCUGCAACCCACAGCUACAAACCAACAAAGCAAAAGGAACCAAUGUUCUUGCAAUGUGACUGAAUUUGAGUUAACUGGAGCAAUGGCUAUUGAUACCUCUGACUUAGAGAAACCACUGAUAUACUUUGCCAAAGCACAAGAGAUCUGGGUAACAGAUCUGGAAGGAUGUCAGUGUUGGAGAGUUAUCACGGUACCUGCUAUGCUUGGUAAAACACUUGUUAGCUUAACUGUGGAUGGAGAUUUUGUAUAUUGGAUCAUCACAGCAAAGGACAGCACACAAAUUUAUCAAGCAAAGAAAGGAACUGGGGCCAUCGUCUCCCAGGUGAACGCCUUAAGGAGUCAGCAUAUCUUGGCUUACAGUUCAGUAAUGCAACCUUUUCCAGAUAAAGUGCUUCUGUCUCUAGCUUCAGACACUGUGGAACCAACUAUACUUAAUACAACUAACACCAGCCUCACAAUCAGAUUACGUCUGGUCAAGACAAACCUCACAUGGUAUGACAUCACCAGCCCUACUCCAACAUACCUGGUUUGUUAUGCAGAAGUUAAUGACAGGAAAAACAGCUCUGACUUGAAAUAUAGAAUUCUGGAAUUUCAGGGCAGUAUAGCUCUUAUUGAAGAUUUACAACCAUUUUCGACAUACAUGAUACAGACAGCUGUAAAAAAUUAUUAUUCAGAUCCUUUGGAACACUUACCACCAAGAAAAGAGAUUUGGGGAAAAACUGAAAGUGGAGUACCAGAGGCAGUGCAGCUCAUUAAUACAACUGUGCGGUCAGACACCAUCCUCAUUAUAUCUUGGAGAGAAUCUCACAAGCCAAAUGGACCUAAAGAAUCAGUUCGCUACCAGUUGGCAGUCUCGCAUCUGGCCCUAAUUCCUGAAACUCCUCUCAGGCAAAGUGAAUUUCCAAAUGGAAGUCUCACUCUCCUUGUUACUGGAUUAUCUGGUGGAAAUAUUUAUGUGUUAAAGGUUCUGGCCUGCCACUCUGAGAAAAUGUGGUGUACAGAGAGUCAUCCUGUCACUGUGGAAAUGUUUGACACACCAGAGAAACCUUAUUCCUUGCUUCCAGAGAACACUAGUUUGCAAUUUAAUUGGAAAGCUCCAUCUAAUGUUAACCUCCUCAGACUUUGGUUUGAACUACAGAAGUGGAAAUACAAUGAGUUUUACCAUGUGAAAACUUCAUGCAGUCAAGCUCCUGCUUAUGUCUGUAACAUCACAGAUCUACAACCUUAUACUUCAUAUAAUGUCAGAGUAGUGGUGGUUUAUAAGACAGGAGAAAGCAGCACCUCACUUCCAGAAAGCUUUAUAACAAAAGCUGGAGUCCCAAGUAAACCAGGCAUUCCCAAAUUACUAGAAGGUAAUAAAAAUUCAAUACAGUGGGAGAAAGCUGAAGAUAAUGGAAGUAGGAUUAUAUACUAUAUCCUUGAGAUAAGAAAGAGUACUUCAAAUAAUUCACAGAACCAGAAUUUAAGGUGGAAGAUGACAUUUAAUGGAUCCUGCAGUAGCAUUUGCACAUGGAAGUCCAAAAAUCUGAAAGGAAUAUUUCAGUUUAGAGUAGUAGCUGCAAAUAAUCUAGGGUUUGGUGAAUAUAGUGGAAUCAGUGAGAAUAUUAUAUUAGUUGGAGUUGAUUUUUGGAUACCAGAAACAAGUUUCAUACUUAGUAUUAUAGUUGGAAUAUUUCUGACUGUUACAAUCUCACUGACCUUUGUCUGGCAUAGAAGAUUAAAGAAUCAAAAAAGCGCCAGGGAAGGGCCGACAGUGCUUAUAAACGAAGACCAAGAGUUGGCUGAACUGCGAGGUCUGGCAGCCGGAGUAGGCCUGGCUAAUGCCUGCUAUGCCAUACAUACUCUUCCAACGCAAGAGGAGAUUGAAAAUCUUCCUGCCUUCCCUCGGGAAAAACUGACUCUGCGUCUCUUGCUGGGAAGUGGAGCCUUUGGAGAAGUGUAUGAAGGAACAGCAGUGGACAUCUUAGGAGUUGGAAGUGGCGAAAUCAAAGUAGCAGUGAAGACUUUGAAGAAGGGUUCCACAGACCAGGAAAAGAUUGAAUUUCUGAAGGAGGCACAUCUAAUGAGCAGGUUUAAUCAUCCCAACAUUCUGAAGCAGCUUGGGGUUUGUCUGCUGAAUGAACCCCAAUACAUUAUCCUGGAACUGAUGGAAGGAGGAGACCUUCUUACCUAUUUGCGUAAAGCACGCAUGGCAACGUUUUAUGGUCCUUUGCUCACCUUGGUUGACCUCAUAGACCUGUGUGUAGAUAUUUCAAAAGGCUGUGUCUACUUGGAGCAGAUGCACUUCAUUCACAGGGAUCUGGCAGCUCGAAAUUGCCUUGUUUCUGUGAAAGACUAUACCAGUCCACGGACAGUGAAGAUUGGGGACUUUGGACUUGCCAGGGACAUCUAUAAAAAUGAUUACUACAGAAAGAGAGGGGAAGGCCUGCUCCCUGUUCGGUGGAUGGCUCCAGAAAGUUUGAUGGAUGGAAUCUUCACUACUCACUCUGAUGUAUGGUCUUUUGGAAUUCUGAUUUGGGAGAUUUUAACUCUUGGUCAUCAGCCUUAUCCAGCUCAUUCCAAUCUUGAUGUUUUAAACUAUGUGCAAACAGGAGGGAGACUGGAGCCACCAAGAAAUUGUCCUGAUGAUCUGUGGAAUUUAAUGAUCCAGUGCUGGGCCCAAGAACCUGACCAAAGGCCUACUUUUCAUAGAAUUCAAGACCAACUUCAGUUAUUCAGAAAUUUUUUCUUAAAUAGUAUUUAUCAGUGCAGAGAUGAAGCAAAUAAUGGAGUCAUAAAUGAAGGCUUUGAAGGUGAUGAUGGCAAUGUGAUUUGUUUGAAUUCAGAUGACAUUAUGCCAGUUGCUUUGAUGGAAACCAAGAACAGAGAAGGGUUAAACUAUAUGGUACUUGCUACAGAAUGCAGCCAAGGUGAAGAAAAGUCUGAGGGUCCCCUAGGCUCCCAGGAAUCUGAAUCUUGUGGUCUGAGGAAAGAAGAGAAGGAACCACAUGCAGACAAAGAUUUCUGCCAAGAAAAACAAGUGGCUUACUGCCCUCCUGGCAAGCCCGAAGGCCUGAACUAUGCCUGUCUCACUCACAGUGGAUAUGGAGAUGGGUCUGAUUAACAGCGUCAUUUGGGAAAUACAGAGUUGAGAUAAACACUCUCAUUCAGUAGUUACUGAAAGAAAACUCCACAAGAAUGAUAAAUGCCAUUAUGCUCUAUGACUCUAAAUAAACAGUGCAACGUUCCUGAGUUCUAAUCUUGGUUCUGAGUGCCAUUUGGUUUCAGUUCUAGCAAUCCCCAUACCAGCUGCCUGACUUUCAGUAGAAUUAUGAGAUGAACACUAAGCAAGUGGAAAGCUUAGGAAGACUCAGUAGUCUGGAAGGGAAACACUGCUUUCCCUCUCCCUUGAUGUGCUUUAGGCUGUUACCCACCUUUCAGUUUGGACUGUAAUAUAAAUAUCCUGGCCACAUGUUUGUAAACAGAAUAGGUAUGUUCAGGGAUCUGAAGAAGAGGCUAAGUAGUAGGCUCAGGGGGUUGACUGAACUACAAGUAAUCUCAAUUGGGACAGAGGAAAUGAAAAAUAACACAUACAGAAGAAACCAGCACCUGUGACAUGGGAAAUCACUUGGAAAGUUAUUACUGCAAUGUCAUAUGUUAUCUUUAAUCACUACUGUAAAAUAUUUUGUAUUUUGGAGGCUUACAGCAGUAGAUUCAGUCAUAUUGAAAAUAAGACUAUGAAGAUCUCUAAGUCCUGAAGUUUUGCAUUCUGCAAUCUUUGAGUUGUAUAAAAAUCACUCUGACUUAUGUGGUAUUAUGGAAAUUAUCUAGCAUAAAGAUUGCUAUUUACCAUAUCUGUUUUAUAUAUAAAAUACUUAAGAUUACAUUUUGUA